CUGCUCACAUUAACAGCAGCAUUAAUCUGGUGACAGAAGUCCGUCAGCUCCACCUUCUGCAAGAGUUCACACCUCUCACAUCAGUGCUCGGCGCAGUUCAAGAGUUUACACAGAAGCUCAUCGUUGAGAAAAGUCGCGGGGAAACUUGUCUGAAGAUGAUUUGAAGAUCGGCUGCUCGAGAAUAUAGCCUGUACGAUCCGUGAGAGAAGAUGGGAUGUCUUUCUAUCAAAACUGUUUGUAAGGGCACAGCGCUUCUGAUCUUUGUCCUUCUUCUGGGGUUGAAUGCGCAGACUAGCGUUACAGAUGUCCUAGCAGCUUCUGACACUACAAGCUAUUCUUUAACUGAGUCUCAAACAUCAGUUCCUACAAAUGUCCUAGCAGCUUCUGACACUACAAGCUCUUCUUUAACUGAGUCUCAAACAUCAGUUCCUACAACAGCUCCUGCAACUACAAGCUCUCCUUCAGCUGAGUCUCAAACAUCAGCUCCUUCAACAGCCUCUACCACUACAAGCUCUCCUUCAACUGAAACAUCAGCUCCUUCAAGACCAAAUGCGAUCGAGAAUCUCACAGUCACUGAAAUCUCCACAUCAUUUGUGCUUCUAAAAUGGGAAAAACAACUCAAAAUGGGGUCUUCCUUUAAAGUUCAAUGGACUGCUGAUGAAACAUAUGGGAAUGUAACAGUCACAGUCACAAAUGUAACGAUCAAUGGUCUGACUGCUGGAGUCAAUUACAAAUUUUGUGUCACAGUCGUUGCAGCAGACACAUCAACAGAAAGCAACUCUGUCUGUAUCUCAGCAUGGACCAAACCGGAUGUGAUCAGGGAUCUCAGAGUGACCAAUAUCACAACAUCAUCUGUGUUUCUGAGAUGGAAUGAACCAGGAGGAAAAAGAGAUUUCUUUAAAAUUCAAUGGACUGAUGAUAAAACAAAUAAAACUACUACUAAUACUUCCUAUAACAUCACUGAUCUGACUGCUGGAGUCAAUUACACAUUCUGCAUCACUGCUGUGGCAGCAAAUCAAUCAACAGAAGGAGAACCUGUCUGCAUCUCAAACUAUACCAAGCCAGAUGUGAUCAGGAAUCUCACAGUAAACAACAUCACAACAUCAUCUGUGUUUCUGACAUGGAAUGAACCAGGAGGAAAAAGAGAUUUCUUUAAAAUUCAAUGGACCGAUGAUAAAACAAACAGAAAUUCAACAACGAAUACUUUCUAUAACAUCACUGAUCUGACUGCUGGAGUCAGUUACAAAUUCUGCAUCACUGCUGUGGCAGCAGAUCAAUCAACAGAAGGAGAACCUGUCUGCAUCUCAAACUAUACCAAGCCAGAUGUGAUCAGGAAUCUCACAGUAAACAACAUCACAACAUCAUCUGUGUUUCUGACAUGGAAUGAACCAGGAGGAAAAAGAGAUUUCUUUAAAAUUCAAUGGACCGAUGAUAAAACAAACAGAAAUUCAACAACGAAUACUUUCUAUAACAUCACUGAUCUGACUGCUGGAGUCAGUUACAAAUUCUGCAUCACUGCUGUGGCAGCAGAUCAAUCAACAGAAGGAGAACCUGUCUGCAUCUCAAACUAUACCAAGCCAGAUGUGAUCAGGAAUCUCACAGUAAACAACAUCACAACAUCAUCUGUGUUUCUGACAUGGAAUGAACCAGGAGGAAAAAGAGAUUUCUUUAAAAUUCAAUGGACCGAUGAUAAAACAAACAGAAAUUCAACAACGAAUACUUUCUAUAACAUCACUGAUCUGACUGCUGGAGUCAGUUACAAAUUCUGCAUCACUGCUGUGGCAGCAGAUCAAUCAACAGAAGGAGAACCUGUCUGCAUCUCAAACUAUACCAAGCCAGAUGUGAUCAGGAAUCUCACAGUAAACAACAUCACAACAUCAUCUGUGUUUCUGACAUGGAAUGAACCAGGAGGAAAAAGAGAUUUCUUUAAAAUUCAAUGGACCGAUGAUAAAACAAACAGAAAUUCAACAACGAAUACUUUCUAUAACAUCACUGAUCUGACUGCUGGAGUCAGUUACAAAUUCUGCAUCACUGCUGUGGCAGCAGAUCAAUCAACAGAAGGAGAACCUGUCUGCAUCUCAAACUAUACCAAGCCAGAUGUGAUCAGGAAUCUCACAGUAAACAACAUCACAACAUCAUCUGUGUUUCUGACAUGGAAUGAACCAGGAGGAAAAAGAGAUUUCUUUAAAAUUCAAUGGACCGAUGAUAAAACAAAUAGAAAUUCAACAACGAACACUUUCUAUAACAUCACUGAUCUGACUGCUGGAGUCAGUUACAAAUUCUGCAUCACUGCUGUGGCAGCAGAUCAAUCAACAGAAGGAGAAACUGUCUGCAUCUCAAACUAUACCAAGCCAGAUGUGAUCAGGAAUCUCAUAGUAAACAACAUCACAACAUCAUCUGUGUUUCUGAGAUGGAAUGAACCAGGAGGAAAAAGAGAUUUCUUUAAAAUUCAAUGGACCGAUGAUAAAACAAAUAGAAAUUCAACAACGAACACUUCCUAUAACAUCACUGAUCUGACUGCUGGAGUCAGUUACAAAUUCUGCAUCACUGCUGUGGCAGCAGAUCAAUCAACAGAAGGAGAACCUGUCUGCAUCUCAAACUAUACCAAGCCAGAUGUGAUCAGGAAUCUCACAGUAAACAACAUCACAACAUCAUCUGUGUUUCUGACAUGGAAUGAACCAGCUGGAAAUAGAGAUUUCUUUAAACUUCGCUGGACUGAUGAUAAAACAAAUGAAACUAGUGACACUUUCUAUAACAUCACUGAUCUGACUGCUGGAGUCAAUUACACAUUCUGCAUCACUGCUGUGGCAGCAGAUCAAUCAACAGAAGGAGAACCUGUCUGCAUCUCAAACUAUACCAAGCCAGAUGUGAUCAGGAAUCUCACAGUAAACAACAUCACAACAUCAUCUGUGUUUCUGACAUGGAAUGAACCAGCUGGAAAUAGAGAUUUCUUUAAACUUCGCUGGACUGAUGAUAAAACAAAUGAAACUAGUGACACUUUCUAUAAUAUCAUUGAUCUGACUGCUGGAGUCAAUUACACAUUCUGCAUCACUGCUGUGGCAGCAGAUCAAUCAACAGAAGGAGAACCUGUCUGCAUCUCAAACUAUACCAAACCAGAUGUGAUCACGAAUCUCAGAGUGACCAAUAUCACAACAUCAUCUGUGUUUCUGAGAUGGAAUGAACCUGAUGGAAAUAGAUCUUUCUUUAAACUUCAACGGACCGAUGAUAAUACAAAUAAAACUACUACUUACACUUCCUAUAACGUCACUGGUCUAAAUGCUGGAGUCAAUUACACAUUCUGCAUCACUGCUGUGGCAGCAGAUCAAUCAACAGAAGGAGAACCUGUCUGCAUCUCACAAUUUACCAAGCCAGAUGUGAUCAGGAAUCUCAGAGUGACCAAUAUCACAACAUCAUCUGUGUUUCUGAGAUGGGAUGAACCUGAUGGAAAUAGAUCUUUCUUUAAACUUCAACGGACCGAUGAUAAUACAAAUAAAACUACUACUUACACUUCCUAUAACAUCACUGGUCUGACUGCUGGAGUCAAUUACACAUUCUGCAUCACUGCUGUGGCAGCAGAUCAAUCAACAGAAGGAGAAACUGUCUGCAUCUCACAAUUCACAAAGCCAGAUGUGAUCAGGAAUCUCAGAGUGACCAAUAUCACAACAUCAUCUGUGUUUCUGAGAUGGGAUGAACCUGAUGGAAAUAGAUCUUUCUUUAAACUUCAACGGACUGAUGAUAAAACAAAUAAAACUACUACUAAUACUUCCUAUAACAUCACUGAUCUGACUGCUGGAGUCAAUUACACAUUCUGCAUCACUGCUGUGGCAGCAGACAAAUCAACAGAAGGAGAAACUGUCUGCAUCUCACAAUUCACAAAGCCAGAUGUGAUCAGGAAUCUCAGAGUGACCAAUAUCACAACAUCAUCUGUGUUUCUGAGAUGGAAUGAACCUGAUGGAAAUAGAUCUUUCUUUAAACUUCAACGGACUGAUGAUAAAACAAAUAAAACUACUACUAAUACUUCCUAUAACAUCACUGAUCUGACUGCUGGAGUCAAUUACACAUUCUGCAUCACUGCUGUGGCAGCAGACAAAUCAACAGAAGGAGAAACUGUCUGCAUCUCACAAUUCACAAAGCCAGAUGUGAUCAGGAAUCUCAGAGUGACCAAUAUCACAACAUCAUCUGUGUUUCUGACAUGGACUGAACCUGAUGGAAAUAGAUCUUUCUUUAAACUUCAACGGACUGAUGAUAAAACAAAUAAAACUACUACUAAUACUUCCUAUAACAUCACUGGUCUGACUGCUGGAGUCAAUUACACAUUCUGCAUCACUGCUGUGGCAGCAGACAAAUCAACAGAAGGAGAAACUGUCUGCAUCUCACAAUUCACAAAGCCAGAUGUGAUCAGGAAUCUCAGAGUGACCAAUAUCACAACAUCAUCUGUGUUUCUGACAUGGACCGAACCUGAUGGAAAUAGAUCUUUCUUUAAACUUCAACGGACUGAUGAUAAAACAAAUAAAACUACUACUAAUACUUCCUAUAACAUCACUGGUCUGACUGCUGGAGUCAAUUACACAUUCUGCAUCACUGCUGUGGCAGCAGACAAAUCAACAGAAGGAGAAACUGUCUGCAUCUCACAAUUCACAAAGCCAGAUGUGAUCAGGAAUCUCAGAGUGACCAAUAUCACAACAUCAUCUGUGUUUCUGACAUGGACCGAACCUGAUGGAAAUAGAUCUUUCUUUAAACUUCAACGGACUGAUGAUAAAACAAAUAAAACUACUACUAAUACUUCCUAUAACAUCACUGGUCUGACUGCUGGAGUCAAUUACACAUUCUGCAUCACUGCUGUGGCAGCAGACAAAUCAACAGAAGGAGAAACUGUCUGCAUCUCACAAUUCACAAAGCCAGAUGUGAUCAGGAAUCUCAGAGUGACCAAUAUCACAACAUCAUCUGUGUUUCUGACAUGGACCGAACCUGAUGGAAAUAGAUCUUUCUUUAAACUUCAACGGACUGAUGAUAAAACAAAUAAAACUACUACUAAUACUUCCUAUAACAUCACUGGUCUGACUGCUGGAGUCAAUUACACAUUCUGCAUCACUGCUGUGGCAGCAGACAAAUCAACAGAAGGAGAAACUGUCUGCAUCUCACAAUUCACAAAGCCAGAUGUGAUCAGGAAUCUCAGAGUGACCAAUAUCACAACAUCAUCUGUGUUUCUGACAUGGACCGAACCUGAUGGAAAUAGAUCUUUCUUUAAACUUCAACGGACUGAUGAUAAAACAAAUAAAACUACUACUAAUACUUCCUAUAACAUCACUGGUCUGACUGCUGGAGUCAAUUACACAUUCUGCAUCACUGCUGUGGCAGCAGACAAAUCAACAGAAGGAGAAACUGUCUGCAUCUCACAAUUCACAAAGCCAGAUGUGAUCAGGAAUCUCAGAGUGACCAAUAUCACAACAUCAUCUGUGUUUCUGACAUGGACUGAACCUGAUGGAAAUAGAUCUUUCUUUAAACUUCAACGGACUGAUGAUAAAACAAAUAAAACUACUACUAAUACUUCCUAUAACAUCACUGAUCUGACUGCUGGAGUCAAUUACACAUUCUGCAUCACUGCUGUGGCAGCAGAUCAAUCAACAGAAGGAGAAACUGUCUGCAUCUCACAAUUUACCAAGCCAGAUGUGAUCAGGAAUCUCAGAGUGACCAAUAUCACAACAUCAUCUGUGUUUCUGAGAUGGAAUGAACCAGCUGGAAAAAGAAAUUUCUUUAAAAUUCAAUGGACCGAUGAUAAAACAAACAGAAAUUCAACAACGAACGCUUUCUAUAACAUCACUGAUCUGACUGCUGGAGUCAAUUACACAUUCUGCAUCACUGCUGUGGCAUCAGACGAAUCAACAGAAGGAGAACCUGUCUGCAUCUCAAACUAUAUCAAGCCAGAUGUGAUCAGGAAUCUCACAGUGACUGAUGUCACAGCAUCAUCUGUGCUUCUGACAUGGGAUGAACCAGGAGGAAAAAGAGAUUGUUUUAGAAUUCAAUGGACGGAUGAGAAAAGGACGAAUAACAAAGAAACAAAGACAAUUAAUAACACUUCCUAUCACAUCACUGAUCUGACUGCUGGAGUCAAUUACACAUUCUGCAUCACUGCUGUGGCAUCAGACAAAUCAACAGAAGGAGAACCUGUCUGCAUCUCACACUGUACCAUUUCCCCUAACAAGGAUUCUGAGAUUCCAGUGACUGUUGGCGUAGUUUUGGCAGUGAUCUGUUUUCUCAUCAUCAUGACUCUCAUUCUCUUCUUCUAUUCAAGAAGACAAACCAAACAAUGUCCCGACAUCCCUGUACACACCAUUAGUGAUAUUGCUUUGAGAAUAGAAGAUUAUGAAGAGUACUUUAAGCAGAAGCAUGCGGAUUCCAACUGUGGUUUUGCUGUAGAGUAUGAGGAGUUGAAAACAGUUGGAACGGCACAGUCCAAAAACACUGCCCUGGCUAUUGAAAACAAGCCGAAGAACCGUUACAGCAAUGUGCUACCUUAUGAUGCUUCAAGAGUGAAGUUAUCAAUGUGUGGCAGUCCCUUUGAUGACUAUAUCAAUGCCAACUACAUCCCAGGCUAUAAUUCAAGAAAAGAGUUUAUAGCAGCUCAGGGUCCGCUGCCCGUCACAGUGAAUGAAUUCUGGAGAAUGAUCUGGGAGAAGAAUAUCUACACCAUAGUGAUGCUGACCAAAUGCAAUGAGAUGGGACGAGUGAAAUGUGAGAAGUACUGGCCAUCUGGGACCAAUCAUUAUCAAAACAACUCUGUGACAACCACCUCAGAGAUAGAACUGGAGAGCUGGACCAUAAGAGACUUCAGAAUCAAAAAUGUGAAAACAGCAGAAACUCGCUACGUACGUCAGUUCCACUUCACUGCGUGGCCGGAUCAUGGAGUUCCACAGACCACUGAAGUCCUCAUUGACUUCAGACACCUGGUCAGAGAACACAUGGACCAGUACUCACGCCACUCUCCAACUGUGGUGCACUGCAGUGCCGGUGUGGGAAGAACAGGGACCUUCAUAGCCAUUGACCACCUGAUCUUCCAGAUUGAAAGAGACAGCAUGGUGGACAUCUACGGAAUUGUUAAUGAUAUGCGCAUGCACAGGCCUCUCAUGGUGCAGACUGAGGAGCAGUAUGUUUACCUCCACCAGUGUGCGUAUGACAUAAUUCGAUCAAGAACUGGGACCAACGUGGACUUAAUUUACCAGAACGCAGCAGCUCUCAGUAUCUAUCAGAAUGUAGAAUAUCAAAAAUCAUAAAUGUCCAUUUAAAACUGCAGAAAUUUAAGCAUAUUUUAAGUUUCACAUGUACAUGAUGAGCAUAUAUAUAUAUAUAGAUAGAUAGAUAUAGAUAUCCUUUACAUAUAGCUGGAUGUAAUUUAUUUCUUGCACAAUACUCAAAACUUUUGAGUAAUAGUUUAAUUUUAAUGAAUACAUUUAAAAUGUUACACUGUAAAAAUACAGCCAUUUUCUAUAAUAAUAAUUUAAAGUAAACAGCAAGUAAUUGUAUUUAUGAUAUUUCAAUCAAGAUAUCUUUAUUUUUUUAUCUUUAUGUCCAAAAGAGAAAUUUGUAUAAUUUGACAUAAUAUAUUUACUGCGAUAUCAAACAUCUGUACAUUUUAGUACUGACAUGAUUUAGGGCCUUGUGGGAUCCCGAGUUUUAAAAAUCUUUUAUGUCUACAAAGUUAUUUAGAGAAAUGUAAUGUAUCAUGCAUUAUUUAACAAUUUAGAGCAGAAACAAAAUAAUUUUUCUUUUUUUUACAAACUAGAAGGCACUCCCAACCUAUCAGUGUACACAGGAAAUAUUGUGUGCUGUUAUAUUGAUAAUUAGAAAUUAAGAAAAUAGGACUGAUAUGGUACUGUUUAGUUAUUAAUAUGUUGUAGAUUUUGCAGUGUGCAUGAAGCUCAACCUGCUGUGCUGGAUAUGAGCAUUUGCUUGGGAUUUGUAAUUAAUGUUGCAUUUUAUUUUUAUACAGUUAGUUUCAGCCUUCUAAUUUGAUAAGACGAGCAGCGUUGCAGGAGUGCUAAUGGCUAACUAUCCAAAUUAUGUCUUAAAUGUAAGUAACUACAUUAAUGUCCUAUUUACUGCACAUUUAUUUAAAAGCAAUCACACCUGCAAACUGGGCUAUUAUUAUAGUAAGCACAGCUGGGAUUAGCUGCAAUCUGUGACAUAUUUUGUAAAGCACUGUUUAAGCUAUUUUUACUGUUUAUACUAUACUGUUUAUGAUCAAUACUUGGAAUACUUUUAUUUAACAUUUUAUUUGUAUUUGAACAACAGUGCACUAGCAUCACUUUCACACUGGAGAUGGUUUCUAGCUUCUGUAGCGUUAUUUGUGUGUAUGGAUACUAUUUAACGAAGCUUCUGGUAUAUAGGAAGUAUCUUUACUGUACCUCUUUUUGGUUUUAAUGAUCCUUUCUUUGGGAAGAUUCUGAUAAAUGUCGGAAACAAUGAACACAUAAUGAAUAACAAAUAAAUUCAUUUUAAAACUA